GGGCAAAGUGCAUUUAAUAUAAUCUCCUAUUUAAGCAGGAGCAUUAGCGUUACCAAGAAGGAAAAGAAUGGCGGCAGAUGGAAGUGAGGAAUUUCGGCUGGUAUCUCCCGGUAUAGAUAGCGAGGGAAGGCUGCCGAGAAAGUAUACCGGGGAGGGGCAAGGUGCUAGGAAGAACAUUUCACCCCCGCUGGAGUGGUACAAUCUGCCACCGGGGACUCAGAGCUUGGCGCUGGUGGUGCAGGACAUUGACGCGUCGGACCCCGAUGGACCCAUCGUCCCCUGGGCUCACUGGGUCGUCAUAAACAUACCUCCCACCAUUAAGGGCUUGCCCGAAGGAUUUUCGGGGAAAGAAAAGGAGGAGGAGACGGCCGCCGGUGACUAUGCUGGGAUCAAAGAAGGUCACAAUGACUGGAAAGUCCCUGGAUGGCGUGGCCCCGUCUUGCCAAAUCAUGGACAUCGUUUCGAAUUCAAGCUCUAUGCCUUGGACGAUCAGCUGCAUCUCGGGAACAAGGUGACGAAGGAGAAGGUGAUGGAAGCAAUCGAAGGGCACGUUCUUGGGGAGGCAGUUCUGAUGGCCAAUUUCUGAACGAACGAUUCAGAAAUUCGUAGAAUCAGGAAAUGUAAAACUGGAAAGAAAAUCUAUCAGUGUGAAGUUGUUAAGAGUCUUUAUGGAUGCCUUUCAAUAAAGUUUUUUUUUUUUUUUUUUUUUUGACUUUGCAUAUAGCUUAAAUUGAAGCUAAAUAUGGUUGUACGUUUUCUUGCCUAGUCUUUAAUUUUUAGUUCACAAAACCAACAAACAUCUAAACAGUAAACAAAAUAUCUCCUCUUAAAAAAAAAAAAAUUGUCACGUGUCAAGUGUCCUAUUUAUUUAAUUUAUUAUGUGUUAAUUAUUUAAAUUUCUUCUACCAUCAUAUGAUAAGUGAGAUUGGCACCGAAUAGUAGCACAGAGGAUCUCAACUGCAAAUGUAUCAGGGCUUUGGACUCAUUAUGAAACCAAACAAAGCACAUAUUUAUCAAUUAAUACAUAAUUAUAUCUGAGCAUCCUUCUGGAAUGAGACAAAAUUUAAUUCUGAAACACCCUAACUGAGGCUUAGUUUGGGAGUUUAGGAUCGAAAAUAAAAGAAGGGAUGAAAGUUUUGAGAAUUAGUGGUAUGAUUUUGGAUAUGCAAGUUAUUAAAUAUUUAUUCAAGAUCUUUUAACGAUAAAAUAGGCAUUUUUAAAAAAAUUGACAAGCUUACUCAAAGUUUCUUUCCAUUUUCGUCCAAUUUGGAUGGAAAAGUUUUGGUUAGUGUUCAUUCUCAUGAUUCCUCCCAUUUCUUUUAUUUUCUUUCUUACUAAAAGCUAACAAAUCAAAAAAACCUAAAAGUGUGUUUGGAUAGCUUAAUUUUACCAAAUAAUAUUUCAUUUGCAUUAUAAACACAUUUUUUUUAUAUUUUUAACCAUAUUUUUAUAUCAAAUACAGCACAUCAUAAAAAGUACUAUUAUAAUUAUUUUAAAUAUUACACUUUAUUCAAACUUUCACUUCUUGCCCUUUCUUUUCCGUCCAAAUCCUCAACUCCUAAACGGAGCAAAAUGUUUGACAAUUGUUACCAUCCGAUGGACAGAUUUUUCAAAGAGAGGAAGGGACAAAAUAUAAAAAAAAAAACACGCGCUCGCGCAGGCAAGAUGGGAAACGUUUGAUCUGUGUCAAUAACUGCUAAAAGCCUUGUACUAGGAGGACAGGCGAAAGCCCGUAUUUCUUCGACUCAGUUGCAUAGGAAAUAAGGACUAAGGUGAAUAAAGUGCGUAACCCUGGAUGAUGGUGGGUUCGAAUGAGCGGGGAGAGGGCAGCAAUUCUGUGCAGAGGAGAGAUGAUGAAGGCCAGGCGUUAAUGGUCAAGGUCUCCCAUGGUUCUACACUUGUCGACAUCUCUGUACCCUCCAAUUCUACCUUUGGGGAUUUGAAGAGAGUUAUUGCUCAAGAAACUGGUUUGGAGCCCCAGCUACAGAAGCUUUUCUUUAGAGGGAAAGAAAAGGAAGAUGGCGACCUUUUACAGAUGGCAGGCAUCAAGGAUAAUUCAAAGCUAGUACUCAUGGAGGAUGCAGGAGAUAAGCAGAUGAACCCUCAAGAGAUAAAUGAACCUAGUGAGGUAUCAAGAGGAGGUGCUGCUGUAUUUGAGGUUAGAGCAGAAGUUGAUAAGCUAUCCGAACAGGUGUCUGCCCUACAAGCAGUUGUGCAUACUGGGAACAAGGUUGACGAGAGGAAUAUUGAGUGUGUUUGGACAGCCAAUUAUUUGGCCAAAUAUAUUUGCUGACAUCACCAUUACAAUUUUCAAUACACCUUUUUAUCUUCCCAAUUACCUUUUUAUCUCACAUACAUCACAUCACAAAAAGUGCUACAGUAAAAAUAUUUCAAAUAACUUACAAUCCAAACACACUCAUUGUUUACUUAACAGAGAUGCUUAUGAGACAGUUGCUGAAAUUGGACAGCAUUGAGGCCGAAGGAGAAGGGAAAAUUCAAAGGAAGCUGGAGGUCUGCAGAGUUCAGAGCUUAGUGGAAACAAUGGACACCCUCAGGGCAAGAAACUCCAACCCCUUCAGUGACUGCACUAAUGCUGUAUCUGUAACAACUAACUGGGAGACAUUUGAUGCUGGAGUAGCUGAUCCUAAUGCUCCAACCCCUGUGCCAUGUUCCAUUAAGGUGACCCAGGAGUGGGAACAAUUUGACUAGUUGUAGCUAUCUCCAGUUUGGAGUAUAUUACUGGGGAGUUUGCAAUGUGUAAGGUGAUGUACACACUUGCAUGUGGUACUAUUCUUUUUGUUUUUAAUUGUUAGACUUAAGCCUUUUUCGGAUGCAAAUCUUCCCACAUUAGAGAAUACGUGUUAUGCUUUAAUAAUAGAUGGCUUCUACUGUUUAA